AGAUGAACUGAGGCAAUAUAAAAGUUUUAAGAGUUUAUUUGAGCAAAAAUGAGAAUCUGGCAACAUCCAAUCCAGCAGAUAGGAGCUCCAAGGAGCUGGGAAUAAGGAAGUUAUACUAGGCAAAACAUUGGGUUGGUUAUUGCAAAGUUAUUUUCUCUUAGGGAUUGCAGGGGUCUCUCGGGCAGAUUACCUAAUUAGUGCUGAUCAGGUGAUUCUGAAUUGAUUGGUUUAAGAUUCCAUUUCUGGGAGAGUUGAAAUGGCAAUUAAGUUUCAGUAAUACAAUGUGGGUUUAGCAUAAGUGACUCCAUUUUGGGUCUGUUUUCUUGUUAACAAAAGGAACAUGCUCUAUAAAUGAGCUCUUUAACUGGCACUACUCACCAUUAAAACCAAAAUUCAACUAUGUAAAUUUAAAGAUCAAAUUGGCUUUAUUCCAUGAUUCAUGAAUAGAGUAGCAUCCCUUCUAGCCAACAGAAAGGAGCUCUGGAGAGCUGCACAAAAUGAGAGACUUUUAUAAGCAGAAGGGACAGAGACAAGGAAAGAGCAGAUUAUAUCACCUUUGUUUGGGGGGCAGAUUACUUUGCUAGUGUUGGCCAGGAAAUUCCAGAUUUACAGGUUUAAGAUUACAUUCCUUUACUGCAAAUAGGUUAGGUAUUAAGUGUUGGUUUACUAUAUCGUAUGGCUUAGCAUAAAAUACUCCAUUUGGGGCCUGUCGUCUCUUUUUUUAAACACCACUAAGCAGAGUGUAAUGUGGAGGGUGAGGGAAGAAUUGGUCUUCUCAUUUAUGAGACUGUCAUUCUGAGGACUGAGAGGACCCCCACUGUGGGCAUGGGAACCACCAAUUAGCUGAUGUCUGGGGAUGACACAGGACUUCCUGGAAAGGAGACUGGACGAGUAGAACCCAGUGACACAAAGGAUAAGGAUGCACAGCAGCAGAAAAUUCAUCAGUGAUGCCAGACCCCCUUUUGAAUCCCAGAUGUAUUUUGGAGGGAUUUCUAGGGCUGGAGUUCUGGCAGGAGAGAGUGGGUUCAUGUACCUAUCAAGAUUUACAUAUUAAUGUUAAUGUCAAUUUUUAGCCUCAGGGUAGGGAAGCUUUAGGACAGUAGGAGUACAAAAUAUAUUGGUUUUUUUGAAAACUUUUGGGUGUUUUUUUUUCUUUUUUGGCAAAUCUGAGUACUUAAACAGAUCUGAUGCUUAUAAAAAUUUUAUUCACUCAUUCAACAACUAUCCAUAAGCACCCUUUAUGCACUUGGGAAUACAAAGACUUUAGAAUGGCCGUUGUCUUCAGGCAGUGACUAGGAAAUGUAAGGCAAGUAAGGGUGUUUAGUUAGAUUUGCUACGUAGCUAAGAGUUAUACUACUCUUCUGAUACAGAAGAGGGGAAAACCUUUACAAACGGAAAUUUAUGUCACCUCCACAAAGUAAAAUUUUUGCCUUCCUUUUAGGCAGAAAGGGAGAGGGCAGAGUUCUUUCCGUGUCUGUUGUUUCUCAGUUGCCUCCAGCCCGAAACAAUCUUAACGCCAAUGUAGCUUAUUUGGGGGAGACAUCUUCUGAUCCCCUUCAAUGUUGGCAUGGAUUACUUUUUUGCAUAUUUUAGUUUAUUACUUAUUGCAGUUACUUGUAUUUCUGUGCAUCAGAUGAUCAGCUCCUUGAGAAAAAAAACCUUAUUUAACUGUAUAACCUCAGUACAGAGUAAAUGUUAGCGGAACUUGGUGCGCCUCUCUCAUCAGCCCAUAAUUGCUGUGGGUCUGCAAAUCAAAUACUGCACUUGCUGGAAUUAUUUUAAAAUCAAAGUAACAAGCUCUAGGACCUUGUGUAUGGUCUUUAUGCCAACUACUGUGGUUGUGCCAAGGCCUUAUUUGCUUCCAUCUCCACUGUAGCCCGCUUUCAAUGUGUUACUCGUAAAAGAGGCUACAUUAAUUUGAGAGAUGCACCUAAUCAAUUUUCUUACUGCAUAGUUUAACUUAAAAGAAAAAUCCAAUAGAAUUGCUCCAAGGUCAGAGGUUUUUUUUUUUUAAAUUAAUUAAAUUGUUCUUUCUCCCAUUUUAUUCACGUCACUGCUUUAAUCUGCAAAAACCAGAUGGUUUCCACUUCCAGGCAUAAAACCGUUGUUAAAAUUUCGAGACUGACUUUGCCACAUUUUUAAGGUAGAGUAAAUAAAAUAUCUAAUUAUACAGAUGGACAAGGUCCCUUUCUUGUAAUCUCGCCGUUUCCAAACGUCAUUAUCAGAAGUGUUUUUAAAGCUCUCGGCGAAACACCGGAGCUGGUGAGCCCGGGCGUGGGUCCUCCGGAGGCCAAGGGGCAUGGAAUGCUUUCAGCUGGGUCCCACUGUCACCCAUCAAAGCGUGGGACGUGAAGGGCCGCAUGACGGCAGUCACAGGGCCGCCACGGGCCGCAGGACCCCGCAGGAGGCAGGGCGAGGGCCAGGCAUCCUAAAGCAGGGGGCGCCCGCAGCUCCCCGCGGCGCCCGGUCGCGGCUUCCCUCCGCCCUCCCUGAGCGAGACCGGCGUCGCUCGCCCGAAUCCGGGUCCCAGCGGCGCGUCGUGCCGGCCCCUUCCGCUGGCUCCGGACGCCAGGCCCGGGCAUGCGGCUGCUGCGGCUGCUGCGGCUUCCGGGGCUCGGCGCCUCCGCGGGCCCGGCCGCCGCGGCCCGAGGCUCCGCUGCCCGCCGCGGCCCCCGCCCCCAAGCGCCACCAGCCGCCCGCCAGCCCCUGGCCCCACCCGGGCCUCCGCCUCUGCGGUCUCCGCCUCCCGCCCAGCCCGGAGCUGCGGCGCCCGCCCGCCGCCUGGCCGCCGCCGCCGCCGCCGCCUACCGAGACGCGCCCCCGAGCGCAGCCGCCAUGGAGCGCCCCGGAGCCGGAGAAGUAAGUUCCAAUGAGUGUGAAAACGUGUCAAGAGAAAAGGAAAUGUCAGAAGAAUUUGAGGACAAUGCUAUGGAGACUCUGGUAGAUAUGCCAUUUGCUACUAUAGAUAUUAAAGAUGAUUGUGAAAUCAUUGAUGUACCUCGAAUAAAUUUGGAGAGAAGUAAAGAAAAAGAACGGAUCUGUAAAGAUCAAAUAAAGAAGAGGAAAAAGAAGCAAAAAGAUUAUCUACCCAACUAUUUCCUAUCCAUUCCGAUCACCAACAAAGAGAUUAUAAGAGGAAUUAAGACACUGCAAAAUGAAAUAAUACAGCAAGAUAAGCGACUGGCUAAAGCAAUGACCAGUGAUGGUUCCCUUCAUGUUACCCUGUUAGUGAUGCAAUUAUUGAAUGAAGAUGAAGUAAACAUUGGUAUUGAUGCUCUUUUGGAGUUAAAACCAUUCAUAGAAGAAAUCCUCCAAGGAAAACAUUUGACUUUGCCCUUUCAAGGGAUUGACACUUUUGGAAAUCAGGUUGGAUUUGUGAAACUGGCAGAAGGAGAUCACGUAAACCCACUUUUGGAGAUAGCAGAGGCUGCAAAAAGGACAUUUCAGGGAAAAGGUAUCAUGGCAGGAGAAAACAGAUGUUUUAAGCCUCAUUUGACCUUCAUGAAAUUGUCCAAAGUACCAUGGCUCCGGAAGAAGGGAGUGAAAAAAAUAGACCCCGACUUCUAUGAAAAAUUUAUCAGUCAUAAAUUUGGAGAAGAAAUGAUGCAUCGCAUAGAUCUUUGCUCCAUGCUGAAGAAAAAGCAAAGUGAUGGUUAUUAUCACUGUGAGUCUUCAAUUGUGGUUGGCAAGAAACCUAUUGGAAUCCGAGACUUAAUUAAUGAAGCUUUGCAUCGAGAAAGGAUGGGUCUGAAGUCCAAAGUGAAACAGAUAAAGGAACUUUUAUUAAAGCCUGAGAUUCAGGCCAAAAUUAGGAGGGAGCUUUUUGAAGGAAGAUCCAUUAACAACAGUAAUCAAGGAAACAAUAUUGAUUUCAGUGCAGCUUUGAUAUAAGCUCUACAUUGCUAUCAUGGUACCACAGUUUAUGCAAUCUUUUGACUUAUUAAAUAGCUCUUUGGUAAAUACCAAAGAAGUGUUUUGCUAGUGUCUCUACCACAGGAGACCAGCAUUUGGUAAGGAAUUAGCAAUUUCUUGCCAAGGAAAACUGAUUCUGCCUGGUUAUUUUUUUAGGCUAAAUUUGUGUUUUAGAAUGUUUGUUUCUGUAAUAUUGAAAGUUAUUUUAUAGAAAGGGUUUCCUAAUUAGCUGUUGUGAGAUAUUUCUUUGGUCCUUCCUCACAGAUAAAAUAUGCAGACUGUAAAAAAAUCAUUUACAGACCAAAAGAUGCAGUAUUUUAAGGGUCAUUUGCCUCCUGUGGACAUGAUUUUUGUUGUUACUAAAUCAAAGGAAGCAUUGUCCACAUGUGUCUUCAUCUAGUGUACUUUUCAUGGGAAUAUGAAUGUUUAUUGGACAUUAGUACUUGAAUGAACAUUUAUAAAUGUAAUUACUACAAUUAUUGGUUAAGAAUGUUUUAUAAUAUUGAUAUGUAUUAUUUUUCAAUGAUCAAAUGUAGUUUACUUUUUCAUUUCUUAAUGAACAAAUGUUUAGGAUUUUUAUUUUUUACUUUUCUGUAGAUGAGACCCAGGUCUUAGUGUAUCCCUUAUAAUCUGAGUUUGUUUGCACUGGUUCAUUUUUAAAGAAAAUUCUUGAAAAACUUCCCCUCAUAUUAUAAUCAUUGGUAACAGCAUUUUCCAUAGUCAUUGUAAAAUUGCUGCUACUGAGAGAUCAUGAUUGGGGGGGGGGAAUUAUUGGAGAUCAAAUAUACAGUCAUUUCAAAUAUAAAAUCCAAUUUGCUCAUGGAUUUAAGCUAUUUUUUCACUUGGUAAAUUAUACUACAUUUAUUUAUAAAUGAGUUUAUGCAUUUUCACGCCUCUUAAUAAACAUAUUGUUUUCCCUUGUU